CAGAUUGCCCGCCUGAUGCGCGAUCUGGAUCAGGCCGAACACACCACCUCUAAGAAGACUGCCGAACGUGAGUGGUUCAAGCGUACCGCCGCUGAAGCGGACAUCAUCUUGGAUUCGGACCUUGAAUCUGCACCAGAUAGGUAA